UUUCGCGACUCCCAAGAAGCAAGUGGAAGGGGGGAUGUAGAGAUUAACGCAAAGCGUUGCAAAAAGAGCUUAAAGAUCAGAGCUGUGAAACUGAUUUUAUCAUUCGCCGCGGUGAUCUAGUCCAAGACACUUGAGUUCUCUCUCUUGAUCUUCUUACCCUCACAUCGCAUCUCGGAUUACAAAGGAGCACAACAGGAUGCCGGGGUCUAUAGCUCGCACCAACUCCUACGAAAAUGGACACGUUAGUGAGACAUUAAAAGUGACAACAGGAAAAAAUGGCCUCAUAGAUGCAAUGAAAGCACGACCCACACUGGUAUGGAACAAGAAGGUUCCAAACACAGGAAUGGAAAAAUUUCGAAGACUGAUCGAAACGAAAUAUGAUCUUCGUUUUGGUUCUUACUGGGAAUUUCACAAAUGGUCCGUAGAGAAUUAUAUAGAUUUUUGGGAAGAAGUAUGGAACUAUUUUGGAGUGAUAGCUUCCAAGCCUUAUGAUGAGGUGUUGAUAAAAACAGGACCUGGUUUUUUGGAUAACGAAUGGUUCAGUGGAGCACUCUUCAAUUUCGCAGAAAAUAUUCUUCGAAUCCGAGAUAACAGAGUCGCUCUUAUAUGGGCAGAUGAACUGGGAAACGAAGAAACUAUUACUUUCGCUGAGAUGUUCGAAGAAGUGAAGUUGUACGCCGCAGCUUUCAGGAAGCACGGUUUAAGGAAAGGAGAUAGAGUAGCUUGUUAUAUGUCCAACGUAAAGGAAGCUGUCUUUGGACUGCUGGCAGCAACGAGUAUUGGUGCCAUCUGGGGUGGACCCUUGCCCUUUUAUGGAGCAAGAGCUGCUUCUAACAUUAUAAAAAUGAUGGAUGCAAAAUUUCUGCUUGCUGUUGAUCACCAUCAAGAUUAUGGACAACAGUUCAACACAUUUGAAAAUCUCCAAGACAUUGCUGAAAACUGUCCAAGUUUAGAAAAAAUUAUUAUCGUGGCUCUCAAACCAGAAACAUUAUCCAAAGAUAUAUCUCACAUACCUAACAGCUGCUUCCUCCACGAAUUUUUGGAGGACGGUCGAACACCAGACGGUACGGUACCGGAUAUCGCAUUUGAACAGCUACCAUUCAAUCAUCCCAUUUGCAUUAAUUUCACUUCUGGAACAACGGGACUUCCUAAAGGACCUGUGCAUUCUGCUGGAUCAUUCAUUGCUGAAUUAAGAGACUUCGCGUUUCACCUAAACUUGAAAAGUGGAGAUGUUGUAUUGACUUGUUACCCGGUUGGAUGGAGUCUUUGGGACUACUUUAUACCAGCUUUAGCUUUAGGAGUUAAGAUCUUCUUAUACAGCGGCAGCCCAUACUUUGAAAGAAAAGGCGCCAAUUUUUGGGACAUCGUUGCAGAAUACAAAGUCACACUCGCCUUUUUGGUUACAAGCAUGGUAGACAAAAUGGAAAAGCAGCAAAUGGUUCCUAGUUCUGGUGCAAAUCUAGACAGUUUAAAAAUUAUAGGUAUUGGUGGAAGUCCUGUAAAGAAGGAAAACUUUGAAUACCUGAGAAACAAAAUUAAAAAGGAUCUCUUCGUUGGCAGCAUGUAUGGUGCUACAGAAGUUUUUGGUGCUUUUUCUGGCUUCGAUCUUAAUUCUCCAUCUUAUGGCGGUGAAAUUCAAGGACCGGCUCUUGGAGUUGAUAUUCGAUGCUUCGAUCACAAAGGAAAUUCUGUUGUUGGACAGAGGGGAGAACUGGUUGUUGCCACUCCUACGCCCUCUUUUCCUAUUUGUCUGUGGAAAGACGUGAACCACUCUCGACUGAACGACACCUACUUUUCUAAAUACCAAGGUGUUUGGAGUCAAAAUGAUGAAUGUUGGAUAAAUCCCAAAACGAAUGGCAUCAUCGUAAUAGGAAGGAGGUAAGCCAUGAU